AGAGGGCUCGGACAUGGGGAGAAUCAGCACUGGCCCGUCUGAUAGAGAUCGGUAAUUUUUUAUUUAAAAAAACCGAGAGGCCUUAGAAAACCAACAAACGGAAAACUCAUCCCUGGCACAAAACAUUAAAUAGAUCAAUGGACUGAAUGAAGACUGCUUACAACGCCUAUCGAUGCCUGGCCAAGGAUUUGGAUGCUUACGCCAUGAACCCAGAGAUGACAAUGGACAGCAUUGGCAAUCUGCAUGGCGGAGUAAGCCAUGACCAGGAUUUGAUGAACAGUCAUAGCCCCCAUCACAAUCGGAACACAGGGGCUUCUUUGCGGAUACAUCAGGAUUUGGCAGCGGCAUCGUCGCGGUCCGCGAUGGUGUCCAGUAUGGCAACGAUUCUGGACGGUGCCGGAGAGUACCGUCCAGAAUUGUCUCUCCCGCUCCAUCACGCGAUGAGUAUGCCGUGUGACACAUCCCCUCCCGGGAUGGGCAUGAGCGGCACCUACACCACUUUAACUCCACUUCAACCUUUACCACCCAUUUCCACCGUUUCGGACAAAUUCCACCAUCCGCACCACCACCAUCAUCACCACCACCAGCGUCUCUCUGGGAACGUAAGCGGGAGUUUUACGCUGAUGCGGGACGAAAGGGGUUUACCAGCAAUGAACAACCUCUAUACCCCCUAUCAUAAGGACAUGACCGGGAUGGGUCAGAGUUUGUCCCCGCUGGCUAGCAGCCCACUCGGUAACGGCUUAGGCUCCAUCCACAACACCCAGCAAAGCCUCCACAACUAUGGCACACAUGGGCACGACAAGAUGUUGAGCACCAACUUUGACGCCCACACUGCCAUGCUAGCCAGGGGGGAUCAGCACCUCCCUCGAGGCCUCGGUGGCCCCACGACGGGUAUGAUGCCACAUUUGAACGGGAUGCACCACACCGGGCAUCCGGGUCACCCUCAAUCCCACGGGCCUGUGUUGGCUUCCAACCGGGACAGACCGCCCUCCUCCUCUGGAACACAAGGUAACAACUCGGGGCAGCUUGAAGAAAUCAACACCAAAGAAGUGGCACAAAGAAUCACGGCCGAACUGAAGCGAUACAGCAUCCCACAAGCGAUCUUCGCUCAGAGAGUGCUGUGUCGUUCGCAGGGCACUCUUUCCGAUCUAUUAAGGAACCCCAAACCUUGGAGUAAACUUAAAUCGGGAAGGGAGACGUUUCGAAGAAUGUGGAAGUGGCUGCAGGAACCCGAGUUUCAAAGAAUGUCUGCCCUACGGCUUGCAGCAUGCAAACGAAAAGAACAAGACACAAGUAAGGACAGGAGCAAUACACCAAAGAAAUCCCGCCUGGUUUUUACUGACCUCCAACGCCGUACGCUUCUGGCCAUCUUCAAAGAGAACAAGCGCCCGUCCAAAGAAAUGCAGCUCACCAUUUCCCAGCAGCUGGGACUGGAACUCACCACUGUAAGCAACUUCUUCAUGAAUGCCCGGAGGCGCAGCCUGGACAAAUGGGUGGAUGAGGGGAGUCCAGGGGCUGCCUCCUCCGCCUCCAGCACUUGUACCAAAGCGUGAUCAGAAGGAUGGGAAGGGGAAGGG